AAACCCAGCCCACAGUUUGGGUUAUUGCUGCCUCCUUCUAAAACCUGCAGAUUCCCCCAGCCCUUCCAAGAGCCUGAAGUUUCCUCAGCCCUGCUGCCGGCACUGUCAGGGUUUGCUGAAAGAUGAGGGUCUGGAUCUUCUUCCUGCUCUGCCUAGCAGGCAGAACCCUGGCGGCGCCGCAGGAGGCUCUUCCUGAUGAGACGGAGGUCAUCGAAGAUCCCACCACAGAGGAGCCCGUGGGAAUGAACCCUGUCCAGGUGGAGGUGGGCGAGUUCGAGGAACCCACUGAGGAUGUAGAGGAGAUCGUUGCAGAGAAUCCCUGCCAGAACCAUCACUGCAAGCAUGGCAAGGUGUGUGAGCUGGAUGACAACAACUCACCCAUGUGCGUGUGCCAGGACCCCUCCAGCUGCCCAGCCACCGCUGGCAUGUUCGAGAAGGUCUGCGGUACUGAUAAUAAGACCUACGACUCCUCCUGCCAUUUCUUUGCCACCAAGUGCACCUUGGAGGGAACCAAGAAAGGACACAAACUGCACCUGGACUACAUUGGACCUUGCAAAUUCAUCCCUGCCUGCCUGGACACAGAGCUGACUGAGUUCCCCCUGCGCAUGCGGGACUGGCUCAAGAACGUGCUGAUCACCCUGUAUGAGCGUGAUGAGGACAACAACCUUCUGACUGAGAAGCAGAAGCUCAAGGUGAAGAAGAUCCAUGAGAAUGAGAAACGCCUGGAAGCUGGUGACCAUGCUGUGGAGCUGCUGGCCCGUGACUUUGAGAAGAACUACAACAUGUACAUCUUCCCCGUGCACUGGCAGUUUGGCCAGCUGGACCAGCACCCCAUCGAUGGGUACCUGUCCCACACCGAGCUGGCCCCUCUCCGCGCCCCCCUCAUCCCCAUGGAGCACUGCACCACCCGCUUCUUUGAGGCCUGUGACCUGGACAACGACAAGUACAUCGCCCUGGAGGAGUGGGCCAGCUGCUUCGGCAUUAAGGAGCAGGAUAUAGACAAGGAUCUUGUGAUCUAAAGCUCCAGCUUUCCUCUCUGCUGCCAGUUUUGUCUUGUUUUAACCUUCCCACUUCCUACAGUUUUUAAACCUCUUUUAUUUCAUUUUGUUUUUCCCUGGGAACAAGGUGCUAAUAUAGAUCUAAACAUAUAUAGUAACGGUGCUAAGAGAAAUAACAGUCCUCCUUAAUAGCCUAAUCUAUUACCACUAAAUUACUCACUCGGCUGUUUCCACAUGCUCUAAUCAGUCCUUUCUCCCCGAUGUCUUUACAAUUGACUGACCCUGUUCCUUUCCUAAAUAUCUGCUCCGUCUCCAUAUCCACUCUUGGAUAGACUUCUGCUAACUUCUUACUAACAGCACAUUCUUCGGACACUUCAGUGUAGGCACAAAGGCAUCGCAGCUGAUUUACCGCCCUGAGUUACAGACCGCAACCAAGGGAAGGCAGGCCCCGAGGAUGUUGGAAGUUUGGGCUUUUCGAGCAGAGCGGCUGCCAGUGACUUUGUGGACUGCUGGAUUUCAGCGUGUGGAGGGGGGGGGAUGGAGAGGGGGUGAGACAGGUAGAGGAGAGCCAGAGUGGCAGGAUUUUGGGGUUACUUUUCUUAAUUAUUAUUAUUUCCAGGGCUUGAAUUUAACAAUCAUUGGGCGUGAAAAAGAACUUCGUUGACCAAACAAAUGAAUGGGACAAUGCACAAAAAUUCAAACAAAUAAAAUGAAACACAUGCCAUCCUGUAAAAUCCCCUCUAAAAAUAAAGGUUUGAAAAUGCUCUGUGCUUUACCAUUACUCAA